GAGGGAGAGCCUGCCGCGGAGCAGCUCCAGGGAGAAGACCGCUACUCUGCUCCGAGACUCCUUUCUGCCGCCGCCGCCGCCUCCUCCUCCACCGUUGGAGGGGGUUAUUGUUCCCGUCAGGAGAAGAGAGGCGUGGACGGACUCAUUUCUGUGGGUUUAUUAUUCGUUCACGGUUCGGACGGAGCGGGACACCCAUGCUCAGCUCAGGGAGAAUGGAGGAAUUCGUCACCGAAGAAGAAGAGCCGUGGUACGACCAACAAGACCUGGAGCAGGAUCUCCACCUGGCAGCAGAGCUGGGGAAGACUUUACUGGAGAGGAACAAAGAGUUGGAGGACUCUUUGCAGCAGAUGUACAUCACUAAUGAGGAACAAGUACAAGAGAUUGAGUACCUGACCAAGCAGCUGGAGGUCCUUCGGGACAUGAACGAGCAACACGCCAAAGUGUAYGAGCAGCUGGACGGCACGGCCAGAGAACUGGAGCGCACCAACCACACGCUGGUCAGGGACAGCAAGGCCUCGCAGCAAAAGAUCGAGAGCUUGACAGGGACUAUUGAGACUCUGCAGAACCAGGUGGAGUCUCUGUCGGCGCAGGUGGAGCAGCUCCGCUCGAUGGAGCAGCUCCGAGUCAGGAGGGAGAAGAGGGAGCGACGCAAGACCAUCCACUCGUUCCCGUGCCUGCGGGAGCUCUGCACCGCGCCCAGGUAUGAGGAUGAGUUUGUAGUGGGCCGGGCCGAGAGCUUCACUUUGGAGGCCAAGAGUCAGCCGUGUGAGGAGGACAGUCAGCACCUGAGGGARGCGGUGUCGGCGCUGAGAGCCGCCGUCCGGACUGAGAGGGGUCGAAGGGAGGGAGUGGAGAAGGAGUGCAACCUCCUGAUCGCAGAGUUCUCUCGGCUGCAGACGCGUGUGCAGGACGCGGAGAGCUGCCAGGCUCGCGUGCGGGAGCUGGAGGUGGAGCUGCAGGAGCUGCAGCAGCUCCGCCGCGCGCGGACUUUCCUCCUGAGUGCUGAGGACGACGGUGUCGCCCUGACCCAGACCGUCCUCAGCAUCACCCCGGAAACCGACACGUUCCUGGAAGCGGAGGAUGGCGACGCGGGCGGCGGAGGCGGCGGCGUGCGGGAGGAGGCCGAGGGCGGAGGCGGCGUUGGAGGCCAGCAGCUGCCGGAGUCCAGCCCCGUGAGGAAAAGCUGCAGCGACACGGCGCUCAACGCCAUCGUGGCGCGGGAUGCGUCCGGCCGCAGGAGAGGCAGCUACGCCCUCCACGCCAACAGYGUGAGGAAGAGGGGGAUGUCCAUCCUCAGGGAGGUGGACGAGCAGUACCACGCCCUGCUGGAGAAAUACGAGGAGCUGCUGGGCAAGUGCAGGCGACACGAGGAGAGCCUGUGCCACGCCGGCGUCCAGACUUCCCGUCCCGUCUCCCGCGACCCGUCCAUGAAAGACUGCGCCGUGGGCCCYGUCCCGGCGCCUCCCCCGACUCCCACCCAGUCUCCCUCCACUCCCGAAGCCAUGGAGAGCAUCAGCAAGCAGGUGGAGGCGGUGGAUAAGCGGCUGGGGCAGAACACUCCGGAGUACAAGGCUCUUUUUAAGGAGAUCUUCUCGCGCAUCCAAAAGACUAAAAUGGACAUUAAAGCUACCAAAGCCGCCAAAACGAGCAAAUCAGGCAAAUCGGGCAAAUCAAGUAAACACUAAAGUCGACGUCGACUGUACAGAUGAGGAUGUUGGUGCUCUUUGUGAACAAGGGGCUAGCCUAGUGUACGCAAUCUUAUAGAGGAUGCUGCUACUACAACUAAAGUAUUAAUUUCUUCCAGAGCUAAGCUAAGCUAAGCUAACCCAGCAGGAAAUCAACCAAAUCUGAAGUGCAUGCCUUCCACCCUAGUGAACCUUCUAGAAAAUGAAUCUGUUACAUUUUAUUCUUCUCCAUUGUCUUAUUUAAUUGAAAGUACAGGGGGAAAAAAGAGAUUUGUAGGCCGAUUUGACUGCCUUACUUACUCUACAAUAUUACAAUUAUAAUACCACAGCUGGCAAAAUGUUUCAGUUUUGCACUUUAUGUUCAGGUUUAAGUAAAAUAAGACAAAUUGCCUCUUAGAGGGGUGGAAUGCAAAUGKAACAUUAUAGUCUCAAUAGUCAAGCCAAAUCUGUUUAGUACUAAACAAGCUUGACUCAUAUUUAUGUACUUCCUGUAACAGAGGUUGAUCUUACUUACGAAAACCUAUAUAUGGCAAAACCUUAAAGCAUUUAAACCAUAAUURUAUUUUAUUGGGAUUUUAUGCAAUAGACCAAAACAAUGUAGUUAAUUAUCGUGAAAAUGAUCCAGGUUUUCUUUCUACAGUUUUUAAAGAUAAAAUCUGACUGCUAAUCUGACAUCUGUUCAGAGAAUCGGCUUCAAGAUUCUGAUUUUUUUAUUGUAAAUGAAAAAACAUUUCUCUUUUUUUUGUCAUAUGCAUCUUUGUCUUGAUCUAUCCUACAAAAAUCCCAAUUAAAUGCAGUGACAUUUGAUGUGGUUGUGUGACCUAAUGUGAAACUGAUCAAGGGGUGUGAAUACUUWUGUGAGUUGGGGUGUUUCAGACCACUGUGCUGCCUGUGUUUUGGCCUGGAGGUGCUCGUCAUAACAUGCUACGCUAAUUCUGUCAGCGCUGCUAAAAAAAAAAAAUGUAACUAAGUCUAGAUAAGGAUGUGAUUAGUCUAUUUGGUCCUGMGCUUUCUGCAGGUAUACCAAGCGGCUACAUUGACCUGAAUAAAAGUGAAUCCAUUUUCCAAAGCGAACUGGACUUUGGGGUCACUUUUGGGCCAAAUCUUACCUGCCUAUGUACCUGUGUCUUAACUCCUGCAUAUGUCUUUGUCUUAAUUACAGUGAAGAUGAGCUAUAUUAUGUUUUGUUUGUAAGUUCUUUUGGGGUGGGAGUGCCUUCAUCCUCUUCAGCUGCUCCAUUUUGUUCCCACUUUGACAUAUAAAACUACAUUUGAGUUAAAUAACAUAAAUGAAAGGACGUUUUGGCUACAAUAUGCAGUUAUCAUGACAUGAGUGUUUUAUAUUCCACCGUGUACAUGAACUGAUUCCUACUCUCUGCACCACGCUCAGGGAUAGACGGUUGCAAAACAUUCUCAACUCAAUCAGAUGUCCCGUUUACAGUUCUGUGCUCAUUUUCAUACACUCAGUAAAUAUUUCCAUUUGCCUCUGAAAUCAGAACUUUGAUUCAGGUCAGAAUAAGAAUUCAGUUCAUGAAUAACGUCCCACCUGAUGUACUUCAGUUCUACUUCCUAGCUAAAAAACAAGUCGGGCUUGCUAGUUUUUGAGCUCCAUGACCAGGAUACUUACUAUAAUAUUGAUGAUUAUGAUAAUUAUUAUUAGUAGGCGUUAAUUACAAUAUAUUUAUGGCGUUUUGCGAAUUGAAAUGCUGAAGAAAUAUGUACAGAGCUGUAUGUGCACAAGGUUAAAAGAGAUCUGAACCAUUAAAGCGCAGAAGGCGGUUUGUGGCUUCAACUUACUCUGUGUUUAUACCUGUGGCAGCCAUUUUGGAUUUUCAGGCCAGUAUUGGUGGGAUAUCUCCCACUUACCAAGUGUAAGCUUCACACAGCAUUCCAGUUAAUCUCCCUAAUCAGAGACAGGAUGGUUUUACCUUUUGAUAACGAUUACAAGCUAAAGUUAGCCUAUCUUGUUUUCAUGUUAGCGGUAGCUAAACGGAUUCAUAAAGUUAAUUUCCUACCAUUCUGAGCAAAGAUGAGUUCUAACAKUCGUAUCACAUUAAUGAUCACUAUAACACAGCAUAAUUCAUUAAAACUUAUGUAUUGAGCUCUCUCUUUUUUAUUUUCACAGCUAACAAAUUACACUGGUGUGCAUCUACAACCAAUCUUCCCAAAUGUCUCUGCUUUGCUCCCAACAUUAGCAUGCUACUUCAUAGGAUCCUCACACAGUAAUGGGAGUGCUAAUGGAAAAUGCGUUUAGCGUUACUGAUGUAAUUUUUUAUUUUUAGCUAAUAUUUGUAAAAGUCUUUUUAAAGGCUUCUUCAAUAUGCCACAGAAAAUUGAACAAAGAUCAAGUUCUGACAGCGUCUUAUGCUGCAUUCAGUUCAUUUGUCGAGUCAGAAGUUGGAUCUUUGAACCGAGUUUAACUGUGAUCCAGUUCCAAAUUGGAAAAAACGGCGAGAUUAAUUCGCUGGGAUGCUUAGUCACCWUGCUAACUGCUGUUAGCUAUACAAGCUAAUAGUUAUGUACUUCACCACAUUUUGGACUUUCUGGAUUUAUUUGUGUUAGCUAAAAUUAUAAUGGUCAAAAAAGCAAGUAAAGAGUUUGUUUUUUUCAAUUUCAAUAAUCAGUUUUUAAGGUCACAGUUGGUGAGACUUUUUUUUGGAUAAUUCUUACUUCUAUGGAGCUUUGUGCUAUUUUUUUACAGCUUCAAAUUUAUAAAAUGUAAUUUCUCAGAAUAAAUGACACACCUWACUGAAGUACAUACUUAAAUCAAACAUAGAGUGCUAAGAAAUAAACUUUUUUUUUAACAUAAACUGAAAAGGCAUAGACUUAUUGAACAACACUUAAAAUGUCUGUCAACAUGGUGGUGCUUGGAAAAACUUGGUUUUUUAUUACAAAUUCUAAGUAAAGUUCUUUCACAGUCUUGAAAAUUUUGGAAACAGUUAGGGUAUGGGACUUUUUUUUUUUUUUUUACUGUUUUCCAGGUCUGAAAUGACAAGGGUAAAACGGUAUCAAAACAUAUUUGAUUUUGCAGGUAUUAUUAUUUUCCCCAAAAAGAAAAAUAAUAAUAGAUUCUUUAUCCAAACAGGUUGCUCUUGGCGAUGACUCCAUCCCUUCUCAGUGAGAUAUACUUCUAUAAAUAAAGGAGAAAAGAAAAUAGCGAAGUAAUAAACAAUCUGUCUUUGAUUUGCACACCACAUUGACAUUUUAGCAUUUUAUCAACCUUCUCACUGAAUAUACACRCUAUUUCACUCACUGGUUUUUUGGCCAAUUUGAAUUCGGGUUGAACUGGGCCUUUUGUCUUUUAAUUAGAUCAUAUUAAAUGCCAAGCAAAGCGAUAAAAGUGCUAUUUUGGGACUUUAUUUCCAAGUGAAAUAAAGGUACAAGUGUUUACUAAUUGUUUAUCUAAUUUUCAUGUGUUUUAUGAUAUUUCUGUGUCUCAUGGCAAAUAGAAGAAUAAAAGAUUUUGAAAUAAAUCUUGUCUCUGAAACAGAAAAUCCAAAGUUGUUUCACCRGUUAAGACUAUUUUGAGCUCCUUUAAACUGAAUAUUUUGUUCUCAAAUGUUAUAACAGAAAAACAAAUCUAGACAAAGAGUUUAGGAUAAUCUGUAAUUGUAAAAUAAAAAUGUCUUGGGGGGYGGGGGRGAUACAACAACAAACAAAUGGAGUGAUCUUGCAUGAACUGGCAUUACAAGGCUUUUUCUCACUGCUACAAACUCUGUCACAUUACACUAGUAAUGUAGAACCAUGUAAAAUCUCAGUAAAUUAGAUGGAAAGUUGAAUGUUGAGCCACAGUUUGUGCUUCUUUAAAGUUCCUCAAUGCUACCUGCUGGCUGUGCUGUACAGUAAACUCUCGUGUUUAGUGUAUAAACCGGGCAUUUGAAAAYGCUCUUGAAUGUUUGGGAGGAAUGCGCUGAUUGGUCUCUGAGAUUGUGUAAUAGUCUAAAUACUGAACAUGUUUUUUUUACAGGAACGUGUGUAGGCACAGGCAGUUGUUGGAGUCAAUGCUACAACUCACCUCCCAGUUGUUGUUUGUGGACAAUGACAAAGAUUCUGUUGUCAUUGGUUGGGGGGGAUGGCAGAUUGCACGUGACAAACACUCUACAUGUUGAAUCUCUGGAGAUAUUCUGUAGAGAUUGUUUUUUUUUUAAUACAACAAAAGUAUCAGAGAGGUUUUUCUUCAAUUUACUCUUGACAGACACACUGUGGUAGCUGAUGUAUAACAAGUUAAAAAGGCUUCAAACCAGGGUUCUAUCUUAACACCCAGCAAUCUUACCAAACUCUUAUGAUAACCUGCAACACAUUGCACCUCUUGCGCAAUCUGCAAUGCCUUUUUUUUUCUGGUAACCUUCAAUAUACAGAGCUGUGUUAUAAUGAAUGUUGUUCUAACUAAUAUUUUUGUGUCUAACUCCUCACCUACACUGUCAACAUAACCAUGCCUGAAACUUUUCUAGACAUCAUAUGUGACUCACUGGUCUGUAAGACUUUUAAGAGACCGGAGGCUGGAUGAUUAUUAAGAUUAGUUUACAGCCUUAAUAGGAGUUUAAUUAUACAGUGUUGUGUAUUUUAGCAUARUUAGAGCUAAAUAUAAUUGAAGGGCAGCAAGCGGAAUUUUAGUGUUGACAAAACCAUGCUAAACCAGGGUUUAUGGCCCUCUGUACUGCACUUGAACGCAACGCCAUUUGUCUGACAAUUUUCGGCUGUCUUUAUUUUCGUUUUUUCUUUAAAAACACUUUAUUUGCCUAUGUAUAACUGUCUAUAACAUCAAACUAUUUAUUUACUUUUCCCUUUAUAUUUUACUACCUUGUUUAAUGAUUUGCAAUGUUCCGUUGUAUUGCCGCCAUUGUUUAGAUUAACUCAUUAUUACUUCAUAUCAURAUGAAACAUCUAUUAAUAAAGAACAAGACAAAUGCA